AUGACCAAUGCCUCAACAAACUCUUUCCAAGAGGGAGCUCAGGCCAUCAAAUACUGUUUGAGCGAAGUCAAUCAACAAGGUUGCAGGGUGCUGCUAUCUAUUCCUACACUUGCCAUCAUCAUUUGUUGUAACUUGCUCAAAGUAAUCAUAAUGAUAAUGAUGUUCAGAACCAGGAACAGCAAUGCGAAGCCAUUAGUGACUAGAGGAGAUGCAAUACAAUCUUUUAUUGAGCUUCCAGAUCCAACUACGGACGAUAUGUGUCUCUACGAUAAAAACAUGAUAGAAAAAGGAUUCUGGGAGAGAGCAAAAUUACCCCAGGAGUACUACCCAAGAAAGCGUCUUUGGUUCGGUGCCUGCUCAACCAAGAGAUGGGUAAUCACAAACGUCAUGGCUGUCGCAACUCUUGUCGUUUUAGGAGCAGUCAACUUUUCGUUUCCAAAGUCGAUAUCAGAUGCUUGGUUAUUGGGUCUUGAUACCGCCGCCUCCGAACAAACAGUCGUCAAUAUCGGCAUGACUGGUAAGGGAUUAUCUGGUGUUGUAUCGAAUCUCCUUCUAGCAGAUCUUCCACAGGCCUUGUUCUCCCUCCUUUUCCUCUCCUACAACAGUCUUUUUACUUUCAUGUAUGCCGCGGACGAGUGGCAUCGUUUCGCUCAUGAAAAAAAAACUCUGCGUGUCUCGUCACCGAUCGGUGACCAGCGAAGUACCUACUGGCUACAGAUGCCAUACAAAGCCGCGUUCCCCCUCGUUGCCAUCGCUUUCGUCUUCCACUGGCUCAUCUCAGAGAGCUUGUACUUUUCAAGAAUAGCUAUAUAUGACCUGGAUGGUAAAUAUGUCCCCGAGAACGAUAUUUCGACCAUUGGGUACUCCUUCAAGCCUCUCGUUCUCGUCCUAUGCCUUGGGAUCUUGGUGGUAUGCGGAUUUGGAAUUAUCAGUGGGUUCGUGAGGUUCAAGGCCGGGCUUCCAUUGGCAGGUGGAUGCAGUGCUGUUAUCAGUGCCGCGUGCCAUGGUGCUGCACAAGGCGAUUGUGGCGAUGAUGUAUUACGGCCGUUGAAGUGGUGCGUCGUAUGCGGGGCAGAUUCGCUUCAGGAAGCUGGAAAUAAGACACAGCACACCCACUGGAGGGAAGAGUUUUGGAAUUCAAGAGACCUGCCAGGACAUUGCGCGUUCAGCAGUGCUGAGCUAGCAAUGCCUACUCCCGGACACUUCUACAAAUAA